UGGUGAUUUAUAUUUAAAAUGGCCAAAGACAGCACAGAAAUGGAUGAUAUGGAUAUAUCUAUAAACCAAAGAAACACCGAUAGAGUCUCAUGGAAUUCAUUUACAUCUGAGGAUUCCAACGCACAAACAACUUUGUAUAGUCCUACUCAAUUUAAUCACACCAUCAAUAAUAGUGCAGAUCCUAAAAACCAGCUUUUACAAAAUAAUACGUAUUCUAAUUCAAGAGCACCUUCAAUAACAUCCCGUAAACAUACAUUAUUACCUUUAUCUUCUGAUCAACCAAAUGAAGAAGUAUUGGAAGAAUUGCCUACUUCAUCCUCAUCCAGCGCUCCACCACCACCAGCAACACCUCAAACCCCUUUUGAGACACCAGCAGUAGCAAGGCCAAGUAUUUUCUCUAGAUUUAUGGCAUCAUUACCCGUGUUUGCACAAAUGCGAAAGACUAUCAAGGCCGCAGUCGCAUUGUUGAUUGGCACAGUAUUUAUAUUCGAGUCUAAAACAAGAGCUGCUUCUGGUAGUUCGAUGUUACUUGUUCCGAUCGUAGUGAUCUUCUAUUUCCCUGUUAGAACAAUAGGUAUUCAAACGGAGGCUGUACUUCUUGGUACAUUAGGUGGUUUUUUGGCUGCUUUAUGGAGUCUACUAGGUACAUACCUUGCGAGUUUAGCAAGAGAUCAUACCAACCCAAACCCCAUACAGAUUAGGGCCUCUGUGGUUUUAGCUGUGUUUCUAUUUCUUGGUACUUUUGUUCUCAAUCUUAUCCGAAUGAAGAUACAUAAAGCUAAUUUUGCGGCUGUUAUUGCCUGUAUUGUUUUAUCCUUCACCAUGACGUACGGUGCCGCGUCUGCGCCAUUUGUCCCGGAGAUCACGUGGUUAUUUUUACGACCCAUUGCUCUUGCAGGUGCGAUAUCACUGCUUGUAGAUUACUUACUUUGGCCAGAUGAUAGUGUAAACAAUUUUCUGGGUAUCCUUCGAAAGACAUUGGGGGGAUAUAAUUUGUUUUUUAAGGAGCAUUCCGAUGCAUUUCUUUCACUUUCAGCUGAUAAUAACGGUGCAAGUUUGCCCAACUUAAAUGCCCGUCUUCAAAAUGGUGUACUUUUAAUGAUUGAUUGUAAACGAGCUGUGAAACGAGAGAUUAUCUAUUCGAGAAUUUCGGAUAAGGAUUGUAGUGCCUUAUCAAGCGUUGUUAAGAAUAUGCGUAUCUCACUUCAUGGGGUUGGACUCAGUUUAAUCAUCAAGAACAAUUACCUGAAUUCGGAUACCAAAAACAUGUAUUUCAAGAAUUUCAAAAUCCCUAGUAUUCUUGAGGCCUUUUCAUCCACUGUAGAGAGCAUUCAGCCCAUUUGUAGCGAGCUGACCGACAUUUGCUUCAAAGCAACAAACCAAGGAUCCGGUAGAAUUGGAAACCUCCAUUAUCAUGCUCGUACAACCUUAAACAGUAUUUUAUGGCCAUUCCCUCGACUCUGGGUAUCAAAAACCGGGGCGGAAACUCAGCCCGCUUUACAUGAAAGAAUUACAUCGCAGCAGAUCCAACAAGUGCUAGAUCGCUUUGAGAUCAUUUCGAAGAGUGAUAAAGCGUUUUUCAAAUUUUUGGAAUUGAAUCCUGCAGAUAUUCCUCGCAAUGGCCCUCUUUACCUGAUAUUUUUAUACAUUCACAACCUUAAGGAACAUGCAAGUAAUACAGUAAAGCUUUUGGAAUUGAUCGAAAGCCUGGAAACAAAGCGUACCCACAGUAGAUUUUGGUUUCCUCACCAAACGCUCAAGAAAUGGCUAUUCUCUCAAGCCGAGGUCGGAGCAGCUGUAGGUGCGGAUAUCGAAGAUUACUCAAAUGGUGGUGGAAAUGAUCUGGCUCGUAUCUCAACUCGACAGGAUGGCAGAGGAGAUAAUGCUGAUAAUGAAGGGGAUAUAUUUCAAUUGAAAACCUCUGAUGGAAAGCCGAGUCGAAAUCAAGCCGAUCCCGAUGUGUCUGCUCCGGUUACAAGAUUGCAAAAAUUCUUCAAUUACCUCUAUAUUUUCGGUGCAUGGUUAACUGAUACUGAUACAUUUUUUGCUUUCAAAACAUCAGUAGGUGUUGUUUUAUUAGCUAUUCCUGCUUGGAGAUCUCAAGAUGCACUAUGGUACAUGAACUGGAGAGGUCAGUGGACGAUGAUCACAUUAGUACUUUGGAUGUUUCCCAUGACAGGUGCUUUUCUAUUUGGAUUAAUUGAUAGAGUUGCAGGAUCUAUCGUGGGAUGUAUCGCGGGUAUUGUUAUCUGGGAAAUCUGCCAAGGAAAUCCAUACGGCAUGACAUUUGUAUUUUUUAUUUUUUUCCUGCCAAUGUACCAUGUGUUUUUCUUUGUACCAAAGUACAGAGUGGGUGCGUUGAUGACCAAAAUUACGGCUCUCCUUGUUGUUUCCUACGAGUAUACAUAUACUGUGGAUGGAUCCACCUCCUAUGAUAAAGUAUGGACUGUAGCUGGAAAGCGUUUAGUCAUGGUCCUGGUGGGUAUCAUCGCUUCUGGUAUUUUAAUUGCUAUUCCUUUCCCUCCUACCAGCCGAGUUGAGCUUCGAAAGAAUGUUGCACAUACAAUUCGUGAUAUUGGAAAGGCAUUUGGCAUUCUUUGCGCAAGUGCAAUUGCACCUCUCGGACAAAGGGCACACCCGGUUGUAGUGAAAGCGUUUGGGAAAUUAGCGUUGGAGCUUCGACGUCAAGUUGCAGAAGAACGUAUUUUAUUGCAUCAUGCUAGUUAUGAGCCACCACUUCGCGGAUACUUUCCUGCUGCAAGUUACGCGGUACUCGUAGAGAAAAUGGAUAAUAUGUCUGAUUUGGUGAUUAAUAUGGGUUCAUCAUUACAUCAAGUCCGUCCUGAAUGGAGAAGAAAUAUUGGUUCUAUUCUUAUGAAAGAAAGAAAAGAAUAUCUUUCAUCGAUUUUGACAAUUUUAAAACUCUUAUCAUCAACACUGUCCGCCAAAACAUCAUUGCCUCCUUACAUGAUGUCGCCUAUCGAAUCCAGACAGCGUUUUGUGAAUCUUUUGGAAAAAAAAAUCAUGAUCGAACCCAAAGAUUUAGCUGACCCUUCGUUCCCAAGUUACAGUGCUUAUCUUAUGAACAGUCUUGUGUUUGUAGACGAACUCCAAGUAUUGUUAAAUUCGAUCGAGGAGCUUGUCGGCGUUGAGAACCCUGAAGAAUGGCUUAUGGCCCAAGCGUAGUGUCACCCUUAUUCAUUAAUUUAUUUAUAAUAUAUCAUCAUCUAAUAUCUUGUUUUAUAAAAUAAAAUCUUC